AUAUAUUGGGGUUUUUUUUUUUUGAGUUGAUCAUAUUGCAGGAAAUCACUCACAUCCCGAAUGCCAGCUUGCUAACUGUAUAGUAUGGUCCUGCUCUUCUGAUUCCAGCUGAUGAACGUUAUCUCCCAGUCCGGGCAAGAUGACAAGCCGGCGGUGGAAAAAAAACUUUCUACUUUGUAUUACACAGCAGUAUUUAUUGCUAACGUUAACCAGCUUUUGUGACACCGUUGAGGCAUCUCCAAAAGGAACCGAAGCAGACCUUUCAGAGCCAUUGAGGCAGCCAACUUCAUUAAACCAACGGGACCAUUAUGAGACUUUUGUCCCGUCUCUACUUGAAGGAGGGCAGCAGAAACCAAUCAACAACCUGCAUUUGAGGAGCUAUCCUGCAGUUGUGAAGUUAUUGAUUGAAGCUGAGGAUGAACAGCUGGUCCUAGCUCUAGAGAAAAACAAAGGGCUUUUUGCUAGCCACUACACAGAAACACACUACCUGGAUGACGGACGCGCUGUCACUGUCACUCGGAAUUCCACGGAUCACUGCUACUACCAUGGGAAGGUACAAGGGCACAAACGUUCCGAAGUUAGUCUCAGUACUUGCUCUGGUCUCAGGGGCUUCAUCUCACUUGAAAAUAAAACCUAUGUCAUGGAGCCAGCCAAAGAUGCCACAAAUGGUACUCACUUCAUUUACAGAGCGGAGAAUCUCAACAGUCCUCCUGGCACUUGUGGUCACGGUUUCAACAUAUCAGGCAUCACUUUGGACAGCACUGCCAAGUCCUUUGAUGCGUUCAACAUGAGGCACAAAAGGGACACUCAAAGGACGAUCAAAUAUGUGGAACUAAUUAUCGUAGCGGAUAACAGAGAGUUUCAGAGGCAAGGAAAAGAUGUUGAAAAGGUUAAACAGCGGCUGAUCGAGGUUGCUAAUUAUGUCGAUAAGUUUUACAGACCGCUGAAUAUUCGAGUGGCCCUUGUAGGGCUGGAAGUUUGGAGUGACACAGACAAGUGCUCCAUUACCCAGGACCCCUUCACCACGCUGCACGAGUUCUUGGAUUGGAGGAAGCUCAAGCUGCUGCCCCAGAAGCCACACGACAAUGCCCAGCUUGUGAGCGGAGUGUAUUUUCAGGGGACCACCAUUGGCAUGGCUCCUAUAAUGAGCAUGUGUACCGCAGAACAAUCUGGAGGAAUUGUUAUGGACCAUUCGGAGAACUCCCUGGGUGCAGCAGUGACUCUGGCUCACGAGCUAGGGCACAACUUCGGAAUGAACCACGACACACCUGAGAGGGGCUGCAACUGCCGGGUCUCUCCAGACAAGGGGGGCUGCAUCAUGACUCCAUCCACGGGGUACCCCUUCCCCACAGUGUUUAGCAGUUGCAGUAAGAAGGACCUGGAUGUGAGUCUGGAGAAGGGAGUGGGGAUGUGCCUGUUCAACACGCCCGAGGUCAAGGUGCUUUAUGGAGGACAGAAGUGUGGGAAUGGCUACGUGGAGGAGGCAGAGGAGUGCGACUGUGGAGAUCUAGAAGAAUGUACGAACCCUUGCUGUAACGCCACUACCUGCACUCUGAAGGAUGGUGCUGUUUGCGCACAUGGACAGUGCUGUGAAGGCUGCAAGCUGAAACCAGCAGGUACCCCGUGCAGGGAUUCCAGUAACGCAUGUGACCUGCCGGAGUUCUGCACAGGAGAAGGCCCUCACUGCCCUGCAAACGUGUACCUGCAUGACGGGCACUCCUGUCUGAAGGUGGAAGGGUACUGUUACAAUGGGAUCUGUCAGACCCAUGAGCAGCAGUGCAUCACCCUCUGGGGGCAGGGAGCCAAGCCUGCCCCAGGGAUUUGCUUUGAAAGGGUAAACUCAGCAGGUGACCCCUAUGGGAACUGUGGGAAGAACUCAAAGGGAUCCUUUGCAAAAUGUGAAAUCCGAGAUGCUAAAUGUGGGAAAAUUCAGUGUCAAGGAGGAGCCAACCGGCCUGUAAUUGGUACGAAUGCUGUUUCCAUAGAAACUAACAUUCCCUUACAAGAAGGUGGUCGGAUCCUGUGUCGUGGCACGCAUGUUUACCUUGGGGAUGACAUGCCUGAUCCUGGCCUUGUACUGACAGGCACCAAGUGUGGAGAUGGCAUGAUGUGCCUGAAUCGCCAGUGUAAGAAUGUCAGUGUAUUUGGGGUUCAUGAGUGUGCUGGAAAAUGUAAUGGCCGUGGGGUGUGUAACAAUAACAAGCACUGCCACUGUGAAGCCGACUGGUCUCCUCCGCACUGUGAAAUUCCAGGGUUUGGUGGCAGCCUGGACAGUGGACCCAUGAGACUUGCAGACAACACCAGUUUAACCAUAGGGAUACUGGUAACUCUUAUAAGUCUAAUUAUUGUUGGAUUCAUCAUCUGCUUUAAGAAGAAGACUUUAAUCAGGCUGCUAUUUACAAAUAAGAAGACAACGAUAGAGAAAUUAAGGUCUGUGGGUCCAACAAGGCCAUCGAGUCCAAACCAAACAAACCUGGCCUACAGCACCUCUCCAUCCGGGAGACUGCCAGCUAAGCCGCACAAUUCAAGUAUAUAUAAGGAACGUCGGAUGAGUAGUACAGAGAGCCUUACGGAUCAACGGGAGGGUGGUGGAAUGCGGUGUCGUACUCCUUCGACGGGUCGUCAUGGCUCGGCCAGGCCAGUCGAUUGA